AUGUAUCGGCGAUUAGUGUUAGUAUUUUCUUUCCUGUGGAUUAUUGACGAAAAAUCUUGUACUUCUGGUGACGGUUGCUUUGGAAUUUUUGAAAAGCUUAAGUGGAACAGAACAUUCAGUUUUAACAACAAAGUUUUAACACUCAGACUUGAAGUUACUAAUAGUCCAGAACAUUGGGUUGUGAAUUAUCUGUUUGAGAUCUUAGCUCGAGAACGAUUAGGAUACACUAAAAUAGAGUUUGUCCCAAUCGAAGAUGGUAAUAUUAGCAGUUCUCUAAAAAGACUUCAGUGUCCUGAUACUCAAUGUCUGAAGUUACCUGAAAUUCACCUUAACUUACUUCUGUGGUUACCACUUGGUGGAAAUGUUAAUUUCUGGGCAAAACCUUCUUCUGUUACUGAUCAUGGUCCUCUUGGGCCGAUUCGUUCUUGGAAACUUCUAACACAAUCCUGUUACAACAAAUCACAUCUCAGAGGAAAUCCAAACUAUACUUCUCUUAAAUAUGACUGUAGCUCACCUACUGACAUCGUUAGUCAAAACUACUCAGGUCAUCGAUCGGAGAAUGUACAUGAUUCAGAUUUACUCAAUAAUCAUAGUUUACUCUCUGGAAAGUCAGUAACUAUUUUGGAUUUUGAAUUAAAUUCAACAUGUUUACGGUAUAAUUCUUAUAGUAUUCCUCCACCCCCUUUAUGCAGUACUGAUACAAAAUCUACCUCAACUAAUAGUUAUCAAUAUUGCCACACUGAAUCUUAUCAAGCUGUUAAAGUGACGUGGGCCAAAUUACGGACGGCAGCUCCACAAAUUUUUCAACUUGCAUCUAAAAUGUAUAUGUCUCAUGAUGAAUUGGGAGAAUUGGUGCACUCAGCCUUACUCGACUCACAAAUAGAUCGUCAGUCAACAUAUAAACAAGUUGCAUGUCGGUGGCUUCGUCAGAAUCCAACUAAGUGGAAAAGUUGGACAGUUGAUUGGGACAAAAAGCUAAACUUAACAGUGGCUGGCCUGUUCAGUAUGUAUGGGAAAUGGGUGCUGUAUGGUCUUGAUCGAGUGGCUCAAGAAGCUAUGAAUUUUGUCAACGCCGACUCAGAUUAUUUUCGCAAUUCUGAAUAUGCAUUAAGUUUGGAUGUACGUAACUUAACAUGUGAACCUGACGUCGUGUUAAGUGAUUAUUUUAAAGUGUUGGAGAAUGCUGUCAACACUCAUCUAAUUGGUUCUAUCGCUGCUCUAUGUUCAGACUCUAUUGAAGCUGUAGUUGAAUUAGCAAAUAUUCGCAAGCAGAUUAUUGUUAGUCCAACAGUAGGUAGUGCACGUUUUCUGGAACAACAACAAUAUCAUUACUUCUUCCGUACAGUACCAUCAAUGACUUUGGCUAAUUUUAUACUACUUCGAUUAUUUCUAGUAUGGGGUUGGCAUCGAAUAGUUGUAUUUCGUAAAUCGGAUCAUUUUUUUGAACCUUUAUUAUUUCAAGCAAAGGGGAUCGAAAUUAUUGCCAAUAUUGAAAUGGAUGAACAACAAUUAACGUAUAAACUGGCAAAAGAUACUUUAGAAGAAUUAAAGCAACAGAACAGUCGCAUAUUUGUUGUCGAGUAUGAUGCACGUGGUACUUAUUUGAUACUCUGUGCAGCAUAUCAUGAAGGGAUGUAUUUUUCCGCUGGAUACGUUUGGUUUUUGAAUCCAUGGCUUUCUGAUCAAUGGUGGUCGGAAUUGGUUGGCCGAAAUACUGAGUGUAAUUUUAGUGAAAUGCUCAAUAUUACUUCUUGGACUUUUACUGUUGGACACCAGUUGCUAAUUGGUCCUAUGGUGCACAGUUUUAUUCCUCGUACUAGUGAGUUUAUGGAUUCAGACUCCAAGUCUGGAAAUAAUUCAAGUGGUACUACGAAUCGAACUUCAUCUGAGCAAAUACGACGCAGGCGCCAUGUUUUCGUUGAGUCACAAACGUUAGAAGCACCACCUGUCUUAUCAAGAACUAAACAUAAUCCUAAUCCAAAUGAUUUUGGGAAAUCUACAUUCAGUGAUCACUCAAAACGUAAAUUAAUCAAAGAUCCUCUUCAUGAUUACACUGUGUAUACUUAUGAUGCUGUUAUCCUACUAGCAAGUGCUGUUGUUCAUCUUUUACGAGAAAAUCCUGCUGCAGCAUCUGCUCUUAAUCAUCCAGAUGUAUCUGAAACUCUUCGAACACUUGUCGCACGAACGAAUUUCGGUUAUCGAUUUCAGACAGAUAAUUCAACAACUGGACAAUCUAGUGAAAUAAAUGAACUUGUUCCUGGUAUAAAUGAUGAUAAUUUUGGUGUAGAUGCUGGAUUUCAACUUGCUGGUGACUAUUAUGGUAUACGUAGUCAAAGUCCUGCUUCAGCAUCAAAUUUGCGAUUUAAUGAUCAUAAUGAACGUAUUGCUGAUUAUUGGCUGUUAAAACAAAGACAUUUAAAUACUACUGUACCGAUUAUAAUGUGGUCAACAAAAAACUAUGAAGAAGUACAUGAGCAAGAUCAACAACAAUCAUAUGACCCGUUCAAUCAUAUGAUUUCAUCAAACAAUAUGUCAAACAAGUAUGAUUGGAAAACAACCAAUGCUCCAUUUCUUUACGAUGAAUUUCAAAAACGGAUGACUGAACGUUGGUUAGACCAUGUUAAUUGGCAUACAUUAGGUGGUCCACCAAACGAUGGUUCUGUCAAUGAAAAAAAUUGUACAUUAUCAUUUCUUAGUAAUCAAUUACAUAUGGGUUGUACAGGUGCUACUGUAUUUGUCACUGUUACUGUUACCGUUUUAGUUUUAUUGCCACUGAUUAUAUUUGCUCAUUUUUAUUAUCGACGUAAAUUGAAAGAAAUUGAAAAUCGAACUCGUAAACCUUUUGAAGAACUAUGCACAGAAUUGGCUGAUUUAGAUAUGCCGGCCGAAAAUAUUGUUUUAAAUCGUCGAGUUGGUCAAGGUGCUUUCGGUUUAGUAUUCGGUGGUGAAGCUAAAAAAAGUGAUUUAUGGGAAGCAGUUGCUGUGAAAGUAAUUAACGAGAAAGCGACAUAUGAAGGGAAAAUUGAUUUUCUUUCUGAAGCAAAAUUAAUGCGUUCUUUAAAUCAUCCAAACGUUGUUCGUUUAAUUGGUAUUUCCUUGAAUCCAAAAGCAAGUCUCUACCUGAUUAUGGAACUCAUGCUUCUUGGAGAUUUAAAAACAUAUUUACUAUCCCGUCGAAUUUUAGCUCAAAGAUCACCAAACCAUGAAGACAUACGACCAUCAACUCUCACUCAAAUGAGUAUGGAUAUUGGCCAAGGUUUAGCCUACCUUCAUAGUAAGCAUUUAAUUCAUCGAGAUAUAGCAUGCCGAAAUUGUCUUGUUGCUGCAGAUCGUACUGUGAAAAUCGGAGAUUUUGGUCUGACCAGACAAGCUGCUAAAAAUACUUCAGAGGUUUAUUAUCGUUUCACAAGAAAUUGUGAACUACCUAUUCGUUGGAUGUCACCUGAAGCUGUACAAUUUGGUGUUUUUAGUAUACAAUCAGACAUUUGGUCAUUUGGCAUAACAUUAUAUGAAAUUAUUACUUUUGGUGUAUUUCCUUAUAAUGGUCUUGGAGAUGUAGAAGUUGUGGAACGUGUCAAACGUAUGGAAUUCAGUAUUACUGAAUUUUUACCACCUCAAGCAUUAAAUACCGUAGUAUGUGAAUUAAUUAAUCAUUGUUGUAAACAUCAAUGGCAACACAGACCAUCAUCAAUGAAUCAAGUGCUAGAAGUAUUAAUAGCGUAUCCAGAUUGUAUUCGACCAUUCCUUACUGAUGAUCCACCGAAACCAAAUACAACAAUCGAUUCAUUACCUUUUCAACCAACUGUAGACACUUGUAUAAUAUCAGAAUCUGCAAUGACUGGUCUUGCUGCAAUCGAUAGUGUUGGUGGUUUUCGUACAAUACGUAGUGCUUCAACUGUAGCUGUCCCAAUAUCAUCAUGUUCACCUUCACCAGUGCCACUAAAUCUUCCUGAUGGUAAUAGUGAUAAAUAUUAUGGAUCUGAAAAACGUCUUAGUGAACAAACAAAUCUACGUGAUAAUACACUGUCCAAUCAUCACACAAUUUUUGAUUGGUCUGAUAACUAUGCUUCUCAUCCGUGUACAGAUAGUUCAGUUCGUUCAAAGUUGAUUGAAUUUUAUCAACUUCCAAUGUUUUCUGACAGACAAACCUUAUUUCCUUCAGUAGUGACAGAUGAAAGCAAAGAACUAAAUAUUAUGUCUAAAUCUGGAGAAUCAUCUAGUCUACCUCCAGUGUUUGAUAAUUAUACUACAUCAUUUGUUACAUCUAUUCCUAAUACUAUUAAUACAUCUAAUGUUUUAUUCAAUCUUUCAACAAGUCCUAUUUCCACCACUCCUAGUUAUCAGUCAAUUGAUGAAAGUAGUCAAUUAAUUAUCAAAUCUCCUGAACUAAUAACUGAUCAGUAUACAUAUUCAACUGGAAAUACUUUACAUGUUAGAAAACAGAAGCGUUCAAAUACCACACUUAUAAACAAUGCAACAUCGAAUAUUCUAGAUGAAUUUGAUAAUUUAUUAUCUGAUAAUCAACUUAAGUUAUCUUUAGAUGCCGAUUCGAUUAUGAAUAUCGAGGAACCCGAUAGAUCACAUAUGUUGAUAUCUGAGGAUAAAAAUUCAGACAAGCAGUUUUUUAUUGUUCCCAGGAACGAAUUUCAUAUGUUUAAUGUUACUAGUGUACCUCGAAAUCCCAUUCAAGCACGGAAUAUUAAUCGCUUGCGACCCACUCGUUCUUUGAUCAAUCUAACCUCUGUACGUUAUCCCAAACACUACUUACAAAAUAAUAUCAAAUCUAAACACUGUGUUUCAGUCGAUCAUUUCAGUUCGAUUAAAAAACAAAGUGAUAUUCAUUGCCCAGAUUUAAUCGUACCUCCUAGUCUAUUUACUUUCACUUCUGAUUCAUUUAUUUCCGGUAGGAAGACCUUUUAG